AUGAUGCGCUGCUUCUGUGUUGCUCUUGCUUUUGCUCUUGCUAAAGCCAUGGGAAUAGAGAAAACGCAGAGAGUUUUGGGGGCGCGCGCGUCAUCUCCUGUUGCUGUGAAAUGUUUGUGAGCAGCUGUGCGCGUGCUGUCUGAGCAGCCGGAGCACGAGCGCUCUUCACUGGAAGCCGCGCGAGGACAGCGCACGUUCCCGCCUCGGGUGAGGAUGAGGAGAAAGAGGUUAUGUGUGGCGGGCUUUUUACUGGCCUGGAAAUUAAUACUGAGUGUGGGUCAUUGUAAGGAGGUGGACAGUGCUGCAAAGAGCCGCCAGGCACCAAUGUCCCCCUCAGACUUCCUGGACAAACUGAUGGGGAGGACGUCUGGAUAUGAUGCUAGGAUCAGACCCAACUUCAAAGGUCCACCCGUCAAUGUUUCUUGUAAUAUUUUCAUCAACAGCUUUGGUUCUAUUGCUGAGACCACUAUGGACUAUCGUGUGAACAUCUUCCUUCGUCAGCAGUGGAAUGAUCCCAGGCUUGCCUAUGCUGAAUACCCAGAUGAUUCUCUGGACUUGGAUCCAUCUAUGUUGGAUUCCAUAUGGAAACCAGAUUUGUUUUUUGCCAAUGAAAAGGGAGCCCACUUUCACGAAGUCACUACAGACAACAAACUCCUCAGGAUAUUUAAAAAUGGAAAUGUUUUAUACUCUAUAAGACUCACAUUAACUCUGUCAUGUCCCAUGGAUCUGAAAAAUUUUCCUAUGGAUGUCCAAACUUGUAUUAUGCAGUUAGAGAGCUUUGGUUACACUAUGAAUGACCUCAUCUUUGAGUGGCAGGCAAAUGGACCAGUGCAAGUGGCUGAAGGUCUGACGCUGCCACAGUUCAUCCUCAAAGAUGAAUCAGAACUCAGAUACUGCACCAAACACUACAAUACAGGUAAAUUUACUUGUAUUGAGGUGCGGUUUCACUUGGAGCGGCAGAUGGGUUACUACCUGAUUCAGAUGUACAUCCCCUCUCUGCUUAUUGUCAUUUUAUCCUGGGUAUCUUUCUGGAUCAACAUGGAUGCUGCGCCUGCCAGAGUGGCGCUGGGAAUCACCACUGUCCUCACCAUGACAACGCAGAGCUCAGGCUCAAGGACAUCACUGCCUAAGGUCUCUUAUGUAAAGGCCAUAGACAUCUGGAUGGCUGUGUGUCUCCUGUUUGUCUUCUCAGCACUUUUGGAAUACGCUGCUGUUAACUUUGUGUCUCGGCAGCACAAAGAGUUGCUGCGAUUUCGACGCCACCACAAGAACCGGAAUAAGAACUCUGGGAGUGCCAUUGAUCCAGAGGAGCUAACUGAUUCCCUUCAUCGUGUUGACAACGACCUCAAAACUUCAGAUCCCUUCUAUGGAUCUAUGAGCAAUGUGUACACCAACUGCCAAAGGGAAGGGGAAGUGCACGAGAACAAACUGACCUCCACAGCUGCUGCAGCCUCUGCUUCCAGCAUCAGCAAAGACUCCAUGUCAAAGGUCAAUGCCAACAAUGCUGUUACAUUAGUCAACACACCGGGAACUGUAGCAAACACUUCCCAGAACCUCCCUGGAGCAGCCGCUGGUGGAGGGGGCAAAAGCAUCGAGGACAUGAGGAAGUUAUUCAUUGACCGAGCCAAAAAGAUUGACACUGUGUCAAGGGCCGGUUUCCCCUUGGCCUUCCUUUUCUUCAAUAUAUUUUACUGGGUUCUUUAUAAAAUACUUCGACAUGAUGAUUCACAUAACCAUUAGCACAGAUCAUCUGUCUGCGUUACAAACACACACGCACGUUCACAUUCUUAUACUUCAGUCCAUAUAAGGAAACCUCCACUGGCUUCUUUUAUUUUCCUGUUAAAUAAUUCUGAACUUUACCUAACCUUACAGUAAGUCGCUGUCAGAAUGCCCUCAUUUUAUCAGAUAUCUUGAUUCUGAAGAUGUAAUGUCUUUUUUUUUCUUUAUCUUCUUCUUUCUAUCUGAUGAUGUGGUCCAGGUUUGAACAGUUUUGACAGUCAUGCCCAAGAGCACUUGGAACACUCACCAGGAACAGCUGAGCAAACCCACUAACACUUUGGUUACUGGUCAACCUGUUAUUCCAGCUGAGCUGCAGUCACCCCCG